AUGACAACCACCGCCCAGAACCCUCUCAUACAUGCUAUCCCGCUUCCCGUCGAGCUCAUAGGGGAGAUAGGUGCCAACAUUCGCGGCGAGGAUUUCUGGACCUUGUCGCGAGCCCUGGAGUCGUUCUACGAGAUGCACGAAGCCAUACGGCGUACUGCUUACUCGCUCUCAGGCGCGCCGGUGCAACUUUCUUUCUUACGAGGGAUCUACGAAGCGGGAUAUGGCGUUGGCGAUGAAGCCGAGCACAUGCCCUUAAGCAAGCUUAUCGAGUGUUUCGAGGGGCUUCGCUAUCGUCGACUCACCGGUACUCUCCGCUAUCGAGCGAAGCUUGUUUUUUCACCUGUCGAAGCCGAGGGUGUUCUACUCAAGAUGCAGAACGGGACGCUCGUGAUCAGUGCCCCGACUGCUCCCGAUACUCCCGCUAGAGCACUCUUCAUGUACAAGAGCAAAUUCUCUGGAGCCAUUGACAUGGAGAUGCACGAUCCGGUCUACGUGCGGCCCUCUGCUCAUCUGGUAGCGUUCUCUGGGCGUGAAGAUCUUAUUGCCGUGUUAGAGGAUGACAAGUCUUCAUACGCGGUCCAGCUGCUAUGCGAUUUCGCACUACCUCGCCUUCGCUUCUCGCUUCCCGGCUCUUGGGGUGUAACAGAGCAUGACGCCAAGGCAGGAACCCUUUGUAUCUCUUAUCGUAUCCUCGCGACGUUCCUCAAGGACCCGGGCCGCCUGGUCAUGUACAACUGGAAGACAGGCGCGAGACUGGUUGUAGCCGAAGGUCUCGUCAGAGCGAUUGGAUUUGCCUUCAUCACCGCACAAACCUUUGCGCUUAUUGAAGAGGACUGCAUCAACAUUUACGAGAUCCCAUCGACCCCCACUGCGCUUGCGAAUCUCAAACGUACACGUCUAGGCCUUCCGACGCCUCAUCCUAAUGCCAGAGUCACGUCCGUGAGAAUUCACGCUUCUGAAGGAGACCCGGGUAAGCGUGCCGCCUUCACGCUCAGAGAACGUCUCUGCAUAUUGUCCAUGACCGUCAUCAACACCAUCACACUUCGCACUUGCGAGAUAUUGAUCUGCGCCAAGGCGCGCUCCAUUCAAAUCGCAUGCAGUGCGGCGCCGGCUUCGAGAGAAGUGGCAUGGGUGAAUUGGGGUCCGGACUGUUGCCGCGUAUUGCAACUUGAGGGGGAGCUCCUCAUAUCUGAUGGCGGCAUUCGCGGCCUUCGUGCUGUCAUUCAACAACGUCGUGUUCAAGUUGUGGAGGACGUCGGUGCUGACUCCGAACUCCAAGCCAAGUCCGACUCUCUAUCUGACAGCGCUAGCGAUUCCGGAGACGAUGGUAGCGUUGUGGUCGCGGGCAUGAUGCCCAGCCCCGAUGCGCUUAGUCCCAUCGCGAGCGCGUCGGCCGUUGAUGGUGGAGGCGAGGAUGCGAUUGCAGUCGCAGAUGAACCCGAUGCCAACAGCGAUGACGCGCCAGAGGCUGACACACCCCAGGAAUCUUUCGAAGUAAAUUAUGUCUUCCUUGAUUUCGGUGACGUACGAAGUCUUUCGGGCAUAGAGGGCGUUCUUCCCUACGAGACAGGUGCUAGCCGCGGCGUCGUUCGUAGGGCGUCGACGCUGGUCUUGCCCGAGUUCUUUCAGCCUUCCAUCACCACACGUGCCCCCUUUUCUUACACGAUCGGCGAGACGGAGGAGUAUUACGGGAAGCUGACCUGUCCGAAUGAUGUCUUGCUGGAUGAUCAGGCCAUGAUGGUGGUGUACUCCACGUUUGACGUACCGAAUCAGCAAGCGGUCGAAAUUGAAGUGUAUGAUUAG